GCAGAUGGAAGAAGCAGAGAUCAUAGAUUUAUACGAGCUUCACUAUUCGGAUUUAUGUUCACCUUCAACUUCAACCAAAGUAGAUUCAAUAAUGGAAACCCUAGGACCCAGUGGUCCAGGACUCCUCGCCAUCACUGGAGUCCCCAAUGCUUGCAACCUCCGCUUACACCUUCUGCCGCUCACUCGGAAGCUCGCUGUUCUCGACCGUGAAACCCAAAAACGUGUUCUCAAGGAGCAUAACUUGGGUAGUGACGUUCCUUUGAAAAACCCUAAUAGGAGUGUGUCCUCUUUUGCUAUGCAACUGAAAUAUGCUAAGUCUCCACAAUUCACCAAAACUGCGCCAAGUAAUGUAUCAGAUAAUUGCCAAUUAGAUAGUCCUCGACAUGUUGAAGAAACGGUGACAGAUUGCAAUUAUAUGGAAUUAAAGAAUCUCGGAAGUGCUUUUCAAGAGUUAGGGUUUUGCAUGAUGGAGCUAGGGCUUUGCCUUGCUCGAAUAUGUGAUAAGGCGAUUGGUGGCAAUGAGUUAGAGCUGAGUUUAUUCGAAUCAUAUGCAGCUAAGGGGCGACUUAUUCAUUAUCAUUCACCUUUAGAUGGUCUCCUCCUUAAACAACUUGAGAGGAGCAGAGCAACUAGCAAAAGACGUGCUAAUAAUAUCAAACAGUUAGCAGGGUCAGAGUUGACUUCAAUCGCCCAUGAUGCUACCUCGUGUGGAGUUCAUUCGAAUUUGUGGCAGCAGUGGCAUUAUGAUUAUGGUAUAUUCACUGUUCUAACAUCACCCUUAUUUCUUUUGCCAUCUUAUUCAGAGACAAGCAAUACAGAAGAUCCAUUUCCUGCUGCUUGUUUUGAUGAAUGUCCAUCCCCAACUGGGCAUACAUGCUUGCAGAUAUAUGAUCCCAAUAAGAAAAGGGUCUUCAUGGUGAAGGCCCCUCCUGAAAGUUUUAUCAUUCAAGUUGGGGAAUCUGCUGAUAUAAUCUCCAAAGGGAAGCUUCACUCUACCUUGCACUCUGUUUAUAGACCUUCCAAGUUUGAAAAUUUGAGCAGAGAAACUUUCGUUGUAUUUCUGCAGCCUGCGUGGACUAAAACAUUCUCUAUCUCAGAUUAUCCUCUUGCAAAAGCCUUCAAUGGGUUCGAUGGUCAGUGUUUAGUGGCAUCUGAUGAUGAGCAUGAACAGUCUGGGAAGGAUAAUAAUAUUUUAACUCGAGAAAUUCACAAAAUAGUUCCCCCACUGUUGUCACGGUUGAAGGAAGGGAUGACCUUUGCCGAGUUCUCACGGGAAACAACGAAGCAGUAUUAUGGUGGUAGCGGUUUGCAAUCAAAUAGAUGACCAGAUUCUGGUUAGUGCUGUUUCAAUGUAUAUCCUCUGCCAAAGCAGUAGAUUUUGAGAAGUUAACCUUACUAAUUAUGUAUUCAGCAACCUUUUUUAGAAUAAUCAUAUAUUAGCAAAAAGAGUUAGACAGUA